GCCUGUGUUCAUGGUGGAGAUCUACCUACAGUCGGACAGAGUGUUCUUGUUUGGCGCCAAGACACAGGAGACACAGCAAGAUUGGGUCCAGGCUAUCGCCAAGGUGUGUGUGUGUGUGUGUGUGGAGAUGUGUGUGUGUUUUUAGUCAAUUUCUUUACUUGUUUUACACAGUGUAAUGAGUGUGGUUCUGUCUGCGUGUGUAACAGUGUGUGUCAUUAGAUAACACAAUAUAUCCAUUUCACCCUCCUUAACACACGCACACACACACACUCACACACACACACACACACACACACACACACACACACCACACACACACACACACACACACCACACACACACACGGCCCCUCGAACCAUCAAGAAGACAUAGUGUUCCAACUAUCUGUGACAAGCUCUUGUAAUGGCACACUACACAAAAUAUGUCCUCAAUUCCUUUUUUUUCUUUUAUCUUGCUCAACCUAUCUAUUAAUUCCAAUUGGUGCUAGAUAGUGGGAGAGGUAGUCGUAUUAGUCCACCUGUCUGUGUAGCCUAGGCCUUAGACGUCCUCGUGUUUACAUAUUUGAUCGCAAUCAAACGUGAAGACCUGAGAGAGAGAGAGAGAGAGAGAGAGAGAGAGAGAGAGAGAGAAGAGAGAGAGAGAGAAAUAACGAGAUCUCUCGAGAGAGAGAGAGAUGAUAGAAUCUCUAGAUCUAUUCUCGAUCGAGAGAGAGCUGCUAAUCGACUCGCUCGAUCUACGCUCUUCGCUAGCUAGAUAUCUCGCUCGUCGCUCUCUCGCUCCGCCUCUCUUUUUCGCACCGCUCGCUCACUUCUCCGCAUCUUGGUUUCCAGCUACGCUGCGGAGUGUUGUUCCCCUCCGCAACUCUUUUAGAACCUCCAUGUGGUUCCCAGAAGUGUUUGGUUUCCUAUGCCUUUGUUUAGUGUGGGUUUUGCCUGUGUUAGUUUUUUGUUUUGCUGUGCUCUAGAGAAUAGUUUUUAUUUUGUUGUCUGAGUUUUUGUUUUGUCUCCUUCAGUGUUUCGUACCAUCUAAAGUAGAGGCUAUGUUGAGGAGAGACUGCGAGCUGAUUGGUAGGCUCUACUUUAAGGAAGGUCAUGACCUCUACCACUGGAGGGUUGGUUGGUUCGCUCUGGAAGGCUCCGCCCUCUACUUUAGUUCCGGGAAGGAGGAGAGUACACAGGGGGCCAUGCAGCUCAAACAACUACAGGAGCUCAGUAAGUAGAGACCAUACCUAAAGACACACAAACGCACCAUGCACGCACACACACACACACACACACACACACACACACACACACACACACACACACACACACACACACACACACACACACACACACACACACACACACACACACACACACACACACACAAGGAGGAACUAUAUACAGUGAGGGAAAAAAGUAUUUUAUCCCCUGCUGAUUUUGUACGUUUGCCCACUGACAAAGACAUGAUCAGUCUAUAAAUGGUAGGUUUAUUUGAACAGUGAGAGACAGAAUAACAACAUAAAAAUCCAGAAAAACGAAUGUCAAAAAUGGUAUAAAUUGAUUUGCAUUUUAAUGAGGGAAAGAAGUAUUUGACCCCUCUGCAAAACAUGACUUAGUACUUGGUGGCAAAACCCUUGUUGGCAAUCACAGAGGUCAGACGUUUCUUGUAGUUGGCCACCAGGUUUGCACACAUUUCAGGAGGGAUUUUGUCCCACUCCUCUUUGCAGAUCUUCUCCAAGUCAUUAUGGUUUCGAGGCUGACGUUUGGCAACUCGAACCUUCAGCUCCCUCCACAGAUUUUCUAUGGGAUUAAGGUCUGGAGACUGGCUAGGCCACUCCAGGACCUUAAUAUGCUUCUUCUUGAGCCACUCCUUUGUUGCCUUGGCCGUGUGUUUUGGGUCAUUGUCAUGCUGGAAUACCCAUCCAUGACCCAUUUUCAAUGCCCUGGCUGAGGGAAGGAGGUUCUCACCCAAGAUUUGAUGGUACAUGGCCCCGUCCAUCGUCCCUUUGAUGCGGUGAAGUUGUCCUGUCCCCUUAGCAGAAAAACACCCCCAAAGCAUAAUGUUUCCACCUCUAUGUUUGAUGGUGGGGAUGGUGUUCUUGGGGUCAUAGGCAGCAUUCCUCCUCCUCCAAACACGACGAGUUGAGUUGAUGCCAAAGAGCUCCAUUUUGGUCUCAUCUGACCACAACACUUUCACCCAGUUCUCCUCUGAAUCAUUCAGAUGUUCAUUGGCAAACUUCAGACGGGCAUGUAUAUGUGCUUUCUUGAGUAGGGGGACCUUGCGGGCGCUGCAUGAUUUCAGUCCUUCACGGCGUAGUGUGUUAGCAAUUGUUUUCUUGGUGACUAUGGUCCCAGCUGCCUUGAGAUCAUUGACAAGAUCCUCCCGUGUAGUUCUGGGCUGAUUCCUCACCGUUCUCAUGAUCAUUGCAACUCCACGAGGUGAGAUCUUGCAUGGAGCCCCAGGCCGAGGGAGAUUGACAGUUAUUUUGUGUUUCUUCCAUUUGCGAAUAAUUGCACCAACAGUUGUCACCUUCUCACCAAGCUGCUUGGCGAUGGUCUUGUAGCCCAUUCCAGCCUUGUGUAGGUCUACAAUCUUGUCCCUGACAUCCUUGGAGAGCUCUUUGGUCUUGGCCAUGGUGGAGAGUUUGGAAUCUGAUUGAUUGCUUCUGUGGACGGGUGUCUUUUAUACAGGUAACAAACUGAGAUUAGGAGCACUCCCUUUAAGAGUGUGCUCCUAAUCUCACCUCAUUACCUGUAUAAAAGACACCUGGGAGCCAGAAAUCUUUCUGAUUGAGAGGGGGUCAAAUAAUUAUUUCCCUCAUUAAAAUGAAAAUCAGUUUAUAAACAUUUUUGCCAUGCGUUUUUCUGGAUUUUUGUUGUUGUUAUUCUGUCUCUCACUGUUCAAAUAAACCUACCAUUAAAAUUAUAGGCUGAUAAUUUCUUUGUCAGUGGGCAAACGUACAAAAUCAGCAGGGGAUCAAAUACCUUUUUCCCUCACUGUAGGCUCAGGUAACAUAUAUAGUACAGUUUAACAUGUCGAUCACAUCUUGACCCUGCAUGGCAUUAGUUAUCAUCUUUGAAGUGGCACCGUCUCUCUCCGCUCUCCACUGGCAUGUGAUAUUGACAUCUCCACACUACUGUGGGAUGCGUGAGUGUGCCCUCCUACGUCUGAGAGAGAGUCUCCACACUACAGUCCUCUUUAAAAGUAUUCUCAGCGGAGAGCAAAGAAAGUUGCCCAGUGGGUAUGUCAGCCGUGUCGGCGAGAAGUUCACACGGAGUUGGCAGCCAACUAGACUUUCAAAAUUUCAAUUGAUUGCACCAGAAUGAUGUGUAAUCCGUUUAAGGCUUACUGUAGAUCAAAUCGGAAUGUCGCUGCGUUCCCACCCCCUCCUCUUACCUGGGGCAGGAUCAGAGAGCUGGGAGCUGCCAAAGCUUUCCCCGGUUCUCCCGGCGCUCUGAAAUCCAUGUUUGUCACAGACGGGAAGCCUCAGAGGUACCAGAGGGUCUCUCUGUGUUCUCUUAUAGGGUGAAACGUUGUGGAAUCUGAAAUGUAAGGAACCCCAUCCUGUGACAUAGACUUUGCCCUCAUUAGUAACACUGACACCCCAAACAGAGGGUUACACCCAUUAGUAACACUGACACCCCAAAACAGAGGGUUACACCCAUUAGUAACACUGACACCCCAAAACAGAGGGUUACACCCAUUAGUAACACUGACACCCCAAAACAGAGGGUUACACCCAUUAGUAACACUGACACCACAACCAGAGGGUUACACCCAUUAGUAACAAUGACACCCCAAAACAGAGGGUUACACCCAUUAGUAACACUGACACCCCAAAACAGAGGGUUACACCCAUUAGUAACACUGACACCCCAAAACAGAGGGUUACACCCAUUAGUAUUAUCACUGACACCCCAAAACAGAGGGUUACACCCAUUAGUAACACUGACACACCAAACAGAGGGUUACACCCAUUAGUAACAAUGACACCCCAAAACAGAGGGUUACACCCAUUAGUAACACUGGCACCCCAAACAGAGGGUUGCAGCAGUGUACCACAGAACGAUCAUACAUGUUUUAGACAGUUUAGAGGCAUUGGGAUGUUCACUAGGACACAACCAUCUGGGCUGCUUUAGAAAUGACUCUCUGGCUCCAGUUUAGAGUAUACUAUGAUAUAUAAUAUGUACAGUGGGGUUAAAUGAUUGACCCCCUUGAUAAAUCUGAGCAAUAAUGACUGUUCAAAAUGAAUAAUUCAAAUACUGAGAUAUGUUGAAUAAAAAAAUGUAAAUAAAAUAUACAUUAUAUUAUUUUAUACUAAUACAAGUCAUCUUUUUUUUUUUUUCUUCAGAAAGGUCAAAAUUAUUGACACUCCUAAAGAUUCUUAUGAAUAAAGUAGUUAAAAGUUUAGUAUUUGGUCCCAUAUUCUUGGCACGCAAUGACUACAUCAAGCUUGUGACUCUAUAAACUUGUUUGUUUUGGUUUUGUUUCAGAUUAUUUUGUGCCCAAUAGAAAUUAAUGGUAAAUAAUGUAUUGUCAUUUUGGAGUGACUUUUAUUGUAAAUAAGAAUAUAAUAUGUUUCUUAACACUUCUACUUUAAUGUUGAUGCUACCAUGAUAAUAGAUAAUCCUGAAUGAUUUAUGAAUAAUGAUGAGUGAGAAAGUUACAAAGGGUAAACGAUCAUACCCCCGAGACAUGCUAACCUCUCACCAUUACCAAUGACAGGGGAGGUUAGCAUGUCUUGGGUAAUAAUUUUGACAUCUGAGAAAAAAUUAUAUUACUUGUUAAACAAAAUCUCUUCCUCCGAGCAAUUGUGUUAGUUUAAAAUAAUAUAAUUUCCUUUAAAAAAAAGGUUUUAUACAACAUAGCUCAGUAUUUGAAUUAUUUAUUUGAUGCAGUCAUUAUUGCACAUCUUUAUCAAGGGUGUCAAUAAUUUAGGACCCCACUGUAUGUAUGUGUAUAUAUACAGUGGGGAGAACAAGUAUUUGAUACACUGCCGAUUUUGCAGGUUUUCCUACUUACAAAGCAUGUAGAGGUCUGUCAUUUUUAUCAUAGGUACACUUCAACUGUGAGAGACGGAAUCUAAAACAAAAAUCCAAAUUGUAUGAUUUUUAAGUAAUUGAUUUGCAUUUUAUUGCAUGACAUAAGUAUUUGAUCACCUACCAACCAGUAAGAAUUCCGGCUCUCACAGACCUGUUAGUUUUUCUUUAAGAAGCCCUCCUGUUCUCCACUCAUUACCUGUAGUAACUGCACCUGUUUGAACUCGUUACCUAUAUAAAAGACACCUGUCCCCACACUCAAUCAAACAGACUCCAACCUCUCCACAAUGGCCAAGACCAGAGAGCUGUGAAAGGACAUCAGGGAUGAAAUUGUAGACCUGCACAAGGCUGGGACGGGCUACAGGACAAUAGGCAAGCAGCUUGGUGAGAAGGCAACAACUGUUGGUGCAAAUAUUAGAAAAUGGAAGAAGUUCAAGAUGACGGUCAAUCACCCUCGGUCUGGGGCUCCAUGCAAGAUCUCACCUCGUGGGGCAUCAAUGAUCAUGAGGAAGGUGUGGGAUCAGCCCAGAACUACACGGCAGGACUUGGUCAAUGACCUGAAGAGAGCUGGGACCACAGUCUCAAAGAAAACCAUUAGUAACACACUACGCCGUCAUGGAUUAAAAUCCUGCAGCGCACGCAAGGUCCCCCUGCUCAAGCCAGCGCAUGUCCAGGCCCAUCUGAAGUUUGCCAAUGACCAUCUGGAUGAUCCAGAGGAGGAAUGGGAGAAGGUCAUGUGGUCUGAUGAGACAAAAAUAGAGCUUUUUGGUCUAAACUCCACUCGCCAUGUUUGGAGGAAGAAGAAGGAUGAGUACAACCCCAAGAACACCAUCCCAACGGUGAAGCAUGGAGGUGGAAACAUCAUUCUUUGGGUAUGCUUUUCUGCAAAGGGGACAGGACGACUGCACCGUAUUGAGGGGAGGAUGGAUGGGGCCAUGUAUCGCGAGAUCUUGGCCAACAACCUCCUUCCCUCAGUAAGAGCAUUGAAGAUGGGUCGUGGCUGGGUCUUCCAGCAUGACAACGACCCGAAACACACAGCCAGGGCAACUAAGGAGUGGCUCCGUAAGAAGCAUCUCAAGGUCCUGGAGUGGCCUAGCCAGUCUCCAGACCUGGAACCCAAUAGAAAAUCUUUGGAGGGAGCUGAAAGUCCAUAUUGCCCAGCGACAGCCCCGAAACCUGAAGGAUCUGGAGAAGGUCUGUAUGGAGGAGUGGGCCAAAAUCCCUGCUGCAGUGUGUGCAAACCUGGUCAAGACCUACAGGAAACGUAUGAUCUCUGUAAUUGCAAACAAAGAUUUCUGUACCAAAUAUUAAGUUCUGCUUUUCUGAUGUAUCAAAUACUUAUGUCAUGCAAUAAAAUGCAAAUUAAUUACUUAAAAAUCAUACAAUGUGAUUUUCUGGAUUUUUGUUUUAGAUUCCGUCUCUCACAGUUGAAGUGUACCUAUGAUAAAAACUACAGACCUCUACAUGCUUUGUAAGUAGGAAAACCUGCAAAAUCGUCAGUGUAUCAAAUACUUGUUCUCACCACUGUAUAUUUAUAUAUAUAUAUAUAUAUAUAUAGUAUAUGCCAUUUAGCAGACGCUUCCAUCCAAAGUGACUUACAGUCAUGUCAAGUUUUCUACGUAUGGAUGGUCCUGGGAAUCAAACCCACUAUCCUGGCAUUGCAAGCGCCAUGCUCUACCAACUGAGCUACAGAGGAGCACCAUGAGUAAAGCUGGGCAUAUCCACUGAUCUGCCUCUCCUCUGUAUUAGGUAGAGGUCAUUAUGUCAUGAAAUGGUGACUUGCCCAGGGAUUGACUUCAGGUCUGAUCUGCCUUAUCACCAGCCAGGACUAAGGACAGAGAGAGAGAGCGAGAGAGAGAGAGAGACGGGAGAAAAUGAUUAAUGAAAAUUAAAGUCUGGUUAGAGUUAAGCUGCCACGGUGUUCUGAUCUCAGUGUGCAUCCCCUCUCUCUCACUCUGCCCAGAGUGGGUGAAAACACGCUUCGGUGAUGAAAUUUCACUUCCUUAUGUUAUAAAAUACAUUUAUAAAUACACCAAGACAAAUAUGAUUCUUCAUGUUCUGAAUUGUUCAGUGGGUCUUUCUCUAACAUAUCAUUAACAUUAUAUCAAAAAAGUUUGGAUUUUGUAACCUAAUACAGCCGAUAAUAAGCAUUGAGCUCUGUUGACAGAGCGGUGCAGCAUUUUCGCAGCAACUUUUUUAGGAUUUACAUGUUGUGGUGGUCAUCUGCAAAGUUGUUUCUGCGGGUCACAAAAAGCUAAAUUAGCAUGACACGGACCUGAAUUACAUGUAAAAGGCUUUGAAAAUAAAAAAAGCUUACACUCAUUGCUCCAUUGACAUUUCCAGAAAUAGGCUUGUUAUUGUGAGAAAUCUUUGAAAAAGAAUAGUAAUUUCACAUUAAUAUGAAAAGGGUAUACUAAAAUAGGAAAAAAUACUACGUCGUAUCUCAAAAAUCGAUAUCUAUCUUACGUCUAUAUUGUUUUAUGUCGAGAAGGAAAGAUGACGAGUUCAACAGUGAGCCUGUCAGUUAACCUUAACUCUAACACAGCCCAGCUAAAGUGAUGCAACUUUCUUUAGUCACCCUAAUGUUGGCCAUCCUACAAGGGUAGAAAAACUCCAAUAACUUUUAAAUGAAUUAUGCCAGAGCCAUGAGGUUUUGACUAUUGGUUUUCUUAGAGGAGUAUCACAAUUAUCAUAGUAUUGUACCCAAUGGUCAAAUUAUGCGUUUUGAUUGGACACCUAUUGUUUCAGAACAAGAUAAGCACAUCAUCAAUUUGUCUCUUCAAUAUAUUUGAUUCAGUAUUUGUUACAGGGGUGUAGUUUGUAAAAUUGUGUAUUAUUAUUCCAAAAUUGUCACUGGCCAACAAAGAAACUAAAUAACUAGUGCAAGGGAAAUUGGAGUGAGACAGGCUUUUUUGCAGGAGUACCAGCCCCUGAUUCAUCAAAGAUAGAAUCACUCCGAUGAUACCCAUUAGCAAAACCAGAACUCUUUACGACACUCUCUCUCUCUCUACAGCACAGCACAUUUAGGAAAAUAAUAGAAUCAUUCACAUCGUCUACUAAGCAAGCAAGCGGAGUCACAGUUGAUUUCCGGCCUUUUUAAUACACAGAAUUGCUGUGUGAUAGUGUGUGCUGUUGUUACCUUAAAAAAAAAAAAAACAUUUAUUUCUCUGAAGAACGAAGAAACAAAGCAUAACAAGCACUCUUUUACCGGCCAAAUCCCAAUACUAAUCACAGGCCUACAAGGCUGCGGAGUUAGCUUCCUUAUCCCAGAAGCAUAACAUUUAAUAACAUUUCCACAGCGAGAGCCGAGAGGUGGAUAAAGUGAUUUUGAUGUGUUUGUUUUGAAAAAAAUGACAAGCGUUUGCAUUUACCUGAUAACACUAUUUUAUUAAUAAAGCCUUCUCAAGUCAAUAGCAAUCUCUGAAGCUCCUGUUUUUUUUUACCGCAGGUUGCUGGAAUCAGAGAAAAAUUCCUUGCCCUUGAAACUAUGCCAAACACAACAUCAGCACAUAAUUUGCCACCAGAGAGUGGUGGAGAUUAACAGUUUUGCCUGUUUACCUCCAUAUAUUAUUGAGAGUUUCUAGCCUAGUGGUUAAGAGCAUUGGUCCAGUAACCAACAAGUCACUGGUUCAAAUCUCCAAGCCAAUUAGGUGAAAAAUCUGUCUAUGUCCCCUUGAGCAAGGCACUUAACCCUAAUUGCUCCUGUAAGUCGCUCUGGAUAAAAGUGUCUGCUAAAUGACGUAAAUGUAUUUAUUUUGUAAUAUCAGUGUUACCAGUGGCUCAUCACCCUUAUAUUGUCUUCUUACAAUGCUUGACAGUAAAGCAGAUCUGAUUGUUCUAAAACAAAGGGUAGUUUGUGGCCAAUAUGAAACCGAAUAAAUAGGAGAGAAGGAGAUUCAUAGGUGUGAAAGCAAUUGGUAUGUAGGACAUAGUAAGUUGUGCUAUGUACUGUACAUUGUGUGUGUGUGUGUGUGUGUGUGUAGAAUAAUGCAAAACAGUGCGAUCUGAUUUGGCACCACCCAGGCGUUGUAACAGCUGACGACCACUGACAUCCAGGCUUCAUGCCCCAGUCCCCCCCAGUCCCCCAGUCCCCCAGUCCCCCCCCCCCACUGAGUGAACAUCACACAGGGACGUCAACAAGACAACGACCAGAUGCAUACAGUAGUGUCGGCUACACAGGCAACAGGGAAAAUGCUAUUUACUCUAGUGUGAAGCAUUUAUGGUUGCCGGCACGAUCACUCGCUUAGAUUUUUCCAUCUCUUUCUGUCUCGUCCCCCCUGUUUUCCGCUGUCUGUGUGUCCAAGCAGAUCUGCCUGGGGUCUGUGUACUACAUCUACUUCUAGAAGGAACACUUUUCCUCCCACAUAGCGAGGAAUACUCUUAAGUGCAUUGCAGCUAUGCUUUGUUUCAGCAUCGUCACAGCCGUGAACAUACUAUUCACGUGCCAUCUUCCUUUCCUUUCCUCCGUUGUUGCUCUUCCUCAGCUGUUUCCACACACGUAGAAGGCGAGGAGAGGAUCCAAGUGCUCUUGAUGGUGGAGGGUGGAAGGUAUGUGUGUCCGUGGUUUGUUCGUUCCCAGCCUGCUUUGCAGCGUUGACACUGUGUUCUGAUGUGUGUAAUUUUUCAUUGCAGUGUUUCCCCUAUGUUCAUUUAGCAGUGGCGGGCCGCCGUUGCUAAAUUGUGGCCAACACUUCAAAUAAUAAUACUUUUUUGAAAAUAAUUUCCGGGAUGGUUAAAUGUUUUUAGUGUGAACUUAAACUAUUAAAAACAGAUAUAAAGUAUGUAGAGAAGAUAAUGGAGUUAUAUAUUUUUUUAUACAUUUUGUCUCUGCGGCCAAGAGGAGGGCCUUCAAAUGUUGGCCACACCCACUUGUGAAUGUCUAUUUUUCUAAAAAAUGCUGUAUAUUAUUGCCCUAUUUCCUGUUUCCUGCUUUCGUACAGAACUGUGUACAUCCACGGUUUCAACAAAGUGGACUUUGCGCUGUGGCACUCCGCGAUCCAAUUGGCCGCUGGCACGGACGGCAGUGGUCUAAGCAACCAGCAGCUGAGUAAAAAUGGCAUCCCCAUCGUUGUGGACAGCUGCAUAGCUUUUGUCACCCAGUACGGUGAGCAUCCGGUCUCCCAUUCAGGGACCAACCGGGACCGACCCUGCUUAGAUUCAGAGGCAAGCCAGCAGUUGGAUGCAGGAUGGUAUGCUGCUGGCUGAAUACAUGAGGGUUUGUUCUUGUUUUCAUGCUGUCUCUCUCUCUCUCUCUCUCUCUCGCUCUCUCUCUCUCUCUCUCUCUGUCUCAUUCUCUCUCUCCCCUCUUCCUUCCCCUCCCUCUCCCCCCCCCCCCCCCCCCCCCCCCCCACUCCUCUCCAGGUCUGUGCCAUCAGGGGAUCUACCGUGUUAGUGGGGACCCGGGCCGUGUGGCCCUGCUCCUGGGGGCCUUCAGGCAGGACGCCCGCAAUGUCAAGCUCCACGUCCUGGAACACCAGCUGGAGGACGUCACCGACACCCUGAAGAACUUUCUGUCCCAGGCCGAGGACGCCUUGCUGGCCAAAGAGCUCUACCCCUACUGGGUGUCUGCACUGGGUGUGUGGGAUGCACAGAUUACCUUUGAUUGUUUAAUAUUGACGUAGAAGAGCUGCAUAUUUAUAUAUCAUAUGUAUGAUGUAAUAUUACAUAUACUCUGUGAGACUAACCUGGAUACAUGCUCUGGGUCAAUGUAUCAUAUACUCUAUUGUAGCGUUAUAUUUUAGCUUGAUGUAUAUUUUUGGGUCUUUGUUUUAAUCAAUGGCCUCUUGUUGUUCGUGUGUAGAUGAGGGGGAUGAGAAACGGAGAGUGGAGAAGUACUCU